AUGUCUACAAGGGAUCUUUUCGACAACAUCGCCGAUGUGGGCGGCAGCGACGAAGAGGAAGAUGAGGACUUCGAUGAAGAAUCUGGCGCGCCACAGCCCAAGAAGUCAAACGGUGCCAAUGGCUUGGACGAUUCCAGCGAGGAGGAGGACGAAGACGACGACGAACUACUGGCACAGGAAGGUGCUGGCUUCAUCGCUGACGAAGAGGAAGAGGACGAAGUAGACGCGCGGAAAGAACGACGGCGCAGGAAGAAGCGCAAGAACCGUGAGGCCGAAGAAGAUCUUGACGAAGACGAUCUCGACCUGAUCGGUAUCGAGCGGCCCGAGCGGGAAGACGAAUCACAGCCCAAGUACAAACGCCUCAAGCGCGGUCAUAAGGAGAAGCGCAAGUCGCGCGGCAUCGACGACAUCUUCUCUGACGAAGAAGCGGCUGACGAGAACGACGAGCCCCGAAGACUUGGUGGAGAGUUCGACGACUUCAUCGAGGAGGACCAGUUCGAGGAUGAGAUUGAAGACGACCGCGAUGUCACACAACCAGGAAUCAACCUCAUCACACAAGGGCUUCAAGCUGCUGGUCUCGACGAGGGCGCCGAAGAAGACUACAGGGCGGCGUUUGGCGAUGGCACCGAUUACGAUUGGGCUCUUGAGAUGCAAGAGGCCGAAGAGGAAGAGCAAGCAGGCGAAGGUCGUGAGCUGCAGCUCAAGGACGUUUUCGAGCCAUCGCAAUUACAAGAGCGCAUGUUGACAGACGAGGACAACACCAUACGCGAAACAGACGUUCCCGAGCGUCUACAGCUAGCCCGUAAGCCGUUUAAAGAGCUCGAACUGACCCCUGAGGAUAUGCAGAUACGGCUGGAGGAGGAAGCAUUGUGGAUUUCCAAACUGCUCUGGCCAAAGAAGGGUCUCCCGAAUUAUUUCCAGCAACCUUUCCAGAGCGCCGUGCGCAAGGUACUCGAGUUCAUCAACAUCGAAGACUAUGAGGUGCCCUUCAUCUUCAACCACCGAAAAGAUUAUCUCAUUCAUGCACCCGGCGAUAACGAUGACCAAGACGACUUCGGCGCCCCACCCCCAGAUGCUCGACCAGAACGCCUUCUCAAUCAGAGCGAUUUAUGGGAGGUGUUCGAUCUCGAUCUGAAGUUUAGAGCCUUUGCCGAGAAGCGAGACUCGCUGCGUCAGAAUUACGAAAACGUCAAGGCUGUUCAGCCAGAAAUUAUCGAUAGCGAAAUCGAAGAUCUGAUGGACAAGGCUGUCACUAUCGAGGAAAUCCAGGAGCUGCAAGAUUACCUGCAUUACCAGUACUCGCAAGAGAUCAAUGAAGUACGACAAGAGACCAACGGCACACAAAAGCGCGCUAACAACGCCCGCAACUUCUUCGACAAGCUUCGAGGAGGCAAAGCGCAGUUGCUCGUUAAAGCCAUUGGUAUCACUGCAGAGGAUUUCGCCAAGAAGGCCGAAGGAUCAAGCAGAGGCCCUCAGGUUAUUGAAGAUCCGCCGUUAAAGGUUGAAGAGCUUGCUGACCAGAUGGCCGACGCCCCUGAAACUGGUAUUUCGCUACUCAGAUCAGCUAAGCUGUUGUUUAUUCAGGAUCUGCAACAAAGUUCACGUCUCCGCAGGUUCCUGCGGGGCAGCUUCUAUCAAAAUGCUCUCAUCGACUGCAUCCGAACGGACAAGGGCAUGCGAAAGAUCACAGAAGACCAUCCCUAUUACGAGUUCAAGUAUCUGCGCGGACAGACGUUCCUCGACCUCAACGGCAGACCCGACUUGUUUCUUAAGAUGCUGAAAGCUGAGCAAGAAGGCCUUGUUCACGUCAGAAUCUCCAUGGGCAACUACGAGAGCUUCAAAUUCAGACUUCACGACAAGAUCGUCUCGGACAAUGUUAGCGAAGUUUCUGAAACUUGGAACAACCUUCGAAAGGAUUUACUCGACAUUGCUUUGGAGAAGCUGCAGGGCAUCAUCUCCAAUGGUGUCAAGGAGACGUUGCGAGCCCGUUGUGAGGAUGAGCUUGCUAGCCGAGCCAGGGAGAACUACUACAACAAGCUUGAUCAAGCCCCGUUCAAGCUCAAGAACGCUGUUCUUGGAUCAAUCCCCAACGUGUUGUGUCUUUCGAACGGCAAAGGUCAACGCGGCGAUGCUAUUCUUUGGGCAUACAUUGAGAACGACGGUCGAGUCAUGGAGCAUGGCAAGCUUGUCGACAUGAAGCUUGGUAACCAAGAACGCGGUAUUCCUGACGGUCAAGAUAUCGUCAAACUUGUCGAUGCUAUCCAGCGUCGCCGCCCAGACGUAGUCGGUAUCAGCGGUUGGUCUGUCGAGACUCGGAGACUGUACAAAGACGUCCAGGAUAUUGUCGCACAACACAACUUGACUGGGCCAAGCUAUGAAGAUGAAAGCACGGGUCAUGACAGGAACGAUCCUCUCGAAGUGGUCCUGGUCAACGACGAAGUUGCCCGACUCUAUUACAACAGCGGCCGCGCCGCCGCCGAGUUCCCCAAAUUCCCUCCUCUCACCAGGUACUGCGUUGCCCUCGGAAGAUAUCUACAGAACCCGCUCGCCGAGUACGCGUCGCUUGGCAAGGAUAUCGUGUCACUACCAUUCGUCAAGGACCAAACACUCAUACCUCAAGACAAGCUUAUGGACCGUCUCGAAACUGCUAUGGUAGACAUGGUGAACCUCGUUGGCAUUGACCUUCCAGAAACUUACGACGACAAGUACAUGUCGAAGCUGCUACCGUACGUCUGCGGUCUGGGCCCUCGCAAGGCAGACAGAAUGGUCAAGGCAAUUCAAGCGAAUGGCGACGAGGUUCUCUCGCGUUUCGAUUUGCUCGGCAUAUCAGAGGACAACUCUCGCGAUCUUAAGGCGGCCAUGGGUCCCAAGGUCUUCCAGAACUGUGCUAGUUUCUUAUACAUUCCAUACGAUCCCACAGAGGAAGCGUCCGACUACCUGGACUACACCCGUGUUCAUCCCGAGGACUACGAUCUCGCGCGCAAGAUGGUCGCCGACGCUCUUAACAUGGACGAAGAAGACGUCAAGGCCGAGGUUGAUGAUGGUGGUGCCAGUGCCGUGAUCAGGAAGAUGGUGAGGGAUGAUACCACAGAUCUGGUCAAUGAUUUGGCGCUUGAGGACUACGCUGCCGAGAUCGAGAAGAACUUCGGUCAACGGAAGCGCGCUACUCUCGAAACCAUUCGCGCCGAAUUGGAGAACCCUUACGAGGAGAUCAGGCAAAUCUUUGCUUUGAUGACUGGUGAGGAAAUCUUCACUAUGCUCACGGGUGAGACCAAGGAGACUUUGUACGAAGGCAUGGUCGUUCCUGUUCAGAUCAAGCGUACCUUCCCAGAUCACAUCGAGGUCAGGCUCGAGAAUGGCAUCGAAGGCGGUGUUUCCGAAUCCGAGUUCCCGGAGGGUGUUGGGAGUGGUGGCCAGGAGCCUCGACACGUCUACCAAACACACCAAACAGUCCGGGCUCGCAUCGUAUACUUGAACCGAAAGGCGCUGACCGCACAGCUUUCUCUGCGAGAUGAUCUCAUUCGACAACCGGUACCGCGCAACAUCGAGCGUAUACCUGGCGAAUGGGACGAUGCACAAGAGCGUGCAGACAAGAAAGCCGCCGAGAAAGAGAAAGAAGUCGCGUCCGGUCGACCGAACCGUGUGAUUAACCACCCUCUGUUCUUUGGCAUGAACGCAGCAUCAGCAGAGGAGUACCUCGGUAGCAAGGAGCCCGGCGAGCUGGUUAUCCGUCCAUCAUCCAAGGGUUUCGAUCACCUUGUCGUCACAUGGAAGGUCUCCAAUAGCGCCUACCAGCACCUUGACGUACUCGAGUUGGGCAAGGAGAACGAGUACUCGAUCGGCAAGCAGCUAAGGGUUGGCAAAGCAACAUACACCGAUCUCGACGAGCUGAUUGUCAACCACGUCGAGGCGAUGGCGCGUAAGGUCGCCGAGCUUACACGAGAUGAGCGUUUCCAGCAAGGCACAAGGGAAGACACUGAACUCUGGCUUGAAAACUACUGCAAAGCCAACCCCAAUCGCUCCAUGUACGCCUUCUGUAGCAUGCCCAAACACCCCGGCUAUUUCUGGAUCUGCUUCCAAAUGGGCUACAACAAACCGAAGGGCGCCUGGGGUAUCAAAGUCGUGCCCAAUGCGUUUGAGUUGCACAAGAACGCUUACCCGGAUAUGGUUGCCCUUAAGAACGGGUUCAAGCUGCUGAUACAGAGUGGUGCAGCAGCGAGGCCGCAGGGCGGUGCUGUGCCUCGACGAUGA